AUGAGCGGCACUCUGGACCCGACCGUGCAGUACGAGCUGCUGGAUCGCAUCGGCGGCGGCGCGUUCGGGCAGGUCUACAAGGCGCUAAACGUCCAGACGGACGAAGUGGUGGCCAUCAAGAUCAUCGACCUCGAGUCCGCAGCCGACGAGAUCGAAGACGUGCAGCAGCAGGAGAUCCACGUGUUGUCGCAGUGCUCAUGCGACCAGCUCACGACGUACUCGGGCUCGUUCAUUGCGGGGACCAAGCUCUGGAUCAUCAUGGAGUUUCUGUCGGGCGGCUCGGUGCUGGAUAUUAUGCGCAAUGGCCCCCUAGAUGAGGCAUUCAUUGCGAUUAUCCUGCGGGAGCUGCUGAAGGGUCUGGAGUACCUGCACUCGGAGAAGAAGAUCCACCGUGACAUCAAGGCUGCGAAUGUGCUGCUGAGCGGGGACGGUCACGUGAAACUCGCGGACUUCGGUGUCACGGGUCAGAUUACAGAGACGAUGACGAAGCGCAACACCGCUGUGGGCACGCCGUUCUGGAUGGCACCCGAAGUCAUCCAGGAGUCCGAGUACGAUUUCAAGGCCGAUAUCUGGUCCCUGGGAAUCACCGCGAUCGAAAUGGCCAAGGGAGCGCCUCCUCUUGCAGACAUCCACCCCAUGAAAGUGUUGUUUAUGAUCCCGACGAUGGACCCGCCUGUGCUUGAAGGUACUUUCUCGUCCCGUUUCGUCGAUUUCGUGUCUCGCUGCUUGCAAAAAGCUCCUCAGGAUCGGCCCACUGCUUCUGAGUUACUACAGCACCCCUUCAUUCGGUCUGCGAAGCAUAUUUCUCACCUCACGGAGCUUUUGGAUCGGAAUCAAUUGGAAGACCAGCAACAGGGUCACCAAGGGGCCGCAGACACACAGACCCAGCAAAGCGGCUUCAGCAGUGGUCACUUUGAGAACGGAUAUGGCGGCCACUUGGACAGAACUUAUCGCCCUCCCCUGAGUGGAGGCCGUGACGACACUCUACCGUCCUAUGGACAAAGGGAUAGCGGUAAACGCCAUGCACGAGACGCGUCGGUGGGCAGCGGCUGGGACUUCAACACAAUUCAUGCGUACUCGACCAACUCCAGUAUUAACACAACGGCGACCGCAGCAGUCGAUUCGAUGUCGGCUUUGGCGGCCCCGCUCCACGAGAUCGAAAACGAAGACGAUGGCGGAGACGAAGACGAAGCAUUCACCAACAUUGUGAAACCGGCAAUCAGCGACGUACUGGAGCGCGUUCUCAACCCGCCUAACAUCGGGUUCAUGUCACCAUCGCAUCGCGAGGCUGCAGAAGCUGCCACGGAGGUGCAAGAGGAUAUUCUCUUCGAGCUGCUGCACGUGUUUGACAACGUGAGCCAACACAAGGGCCUGCUCCGGCAAGUGCUGCGGAGUCUGGCUGAGUACACGAAUGCAGCGAUGCCUCUUAUCACCUCAAGCGCAAAUGGGAACGUUUCCCAUCCCCCGAAGUCGUCAUAG